GCUGGUUCUAAAUAGCAGUCCCUUUGUAACACCCAGAGUGAAGCCACAAACGAAAAGACCGGUUACCAUAUAGAGAUGCUGAUAAAGAUACUUUUCAUCUGUGUUCUGCUUACACUUGGUCAUGCCAGUGAAAAAAAACAAGGGAAAAGGGGAAAAGGUGAUUCUGCCUGUACCAAAAUAGGAGGCAUAUGUCAACGUACCACAUAUUUAUGUCCAGGAAGAUAUCUUCAGGGUAAAUGUGGAGGGGCGUCUGCACGGCAAUGCUGCUUACAAGAUUCAGGAUCAUGGGACAGCCUGUGCGCUGGUCAUGUUUCCAAUAGAGUGAGAGGCUGCGAUAAAUUUGGCUGUGGAGGAUUCAAUGCUAACAGGGGCAGUCGAAUCCAUAGAGGCGUUGACGUGGUGUGUGACGAUUACUCCAUCGUGUAUGCACCUUUCACUGGGACCCUGAGGGGACAGGCACAGCCCUAUGGGGACGCAAGCACCAUUGACGAUGGUGUUAAACUCUCUAACUCAGCUUACUGUGUGAAGAUCUUCUAUAUCCGCCCCUACCAGUACAGCGGACCAAUCUCGAAAGGCGACAAACUGGGAUAUCUGCUUCCAAUGCAGGAACAAUAUUCGGGUGUGACCUCUCACCUUCAUCUCCAAAUGUGUGACAAGUCUGACCCCACUCCGUACAUUUAAGCAGGCUUGUCGGUUACUGUUCUUCAUUCUCUUUCUAGACGUUAGUUUGCUAUGGCCUUUCAGAACCUUUAAAACAAAAUGUUUCUACUACGAUUAAAGUGAACAUUUUGUAAAUCUUCUGCAAAUUUUCAU